AUGAACAACAUUCCUGGGCCAUCACGGGACAUGCACAUUAGCCCUAGACCACCACGGUGCAUGCACGCCAGCCCUGGACCACCACGAGGCAUACACAUCAGCCCUGGACCACCACGGGGCAUACACAUCAGCUCUGGAGAACCGCGGGGCAUACACAUCAUCCCUAGACCACCACGGUGCAUGCACGCCAGCCCUGGACCACCACGGGGCAUACACAUCAGCCCUGGACCACCACGGGGCAUACACAUCAGCUCUGGACAACCGCGGGGCAUGCACAUCAGCCCUGCACCACCACGGUGCAUGCACGCCAGCCCUGGACCACCGCGGGGCAUACACAUCAGCUCUGGACAACCGCGGGGCAUGCACAUCAGCCCUGCACCACCACGGUGCAUGCACGCCAGCCCUGGACCACCGCGGGGCAUACACAUCAGCCCUGGACCACCACGGGGCAUACACAUCAGCUCUGGACAACCGCGGGGCAUGCACAUCAGCCCUGCACCACCACGGUGCAUGCACGCCAGCCCUGGACCACCGCGGGGCAUACACAUCAGCCCUGAACCACCACGGUGCAUGCACGUCAGCCCUGGACCACCACGGGGCAUGCACAUCAGCCCUGGACCACCACGGUGCAUGCACGUCAGCCCUGGACCACCACGGGGCAUGCACGUCAGCUCUGGACCACCACGGGGCAUACACAUCAGCUCUGGACAACCGCGGGGUAUGCACAUCAGCCCUGCACCACCACGCCCUGAACCACCACGGUGCAUGCACGUCAGCCCUGGACCACCACGGGGCAUGCACAUCAGCCCUGGACCACCACGGUGCAUGCACGUCAGCCCUGGACCACCACGGGGCAUGCACGUCAGCCCUGGACCACCACGGGGCAUACACAUCAGCCCUGAACCACCACGGUGCAUGCACGUCAGCCCUGGACCACCACGGGGCAUGCACAUCAGCCCUGGACCACCACGGUGCAUGCACGUCAGCCCUGGACCACCACGGGGCAUGCACAUCAGCCCUGAACCACCACGGUGCAUGCACGUCAGCCCUGGACCACCACGGGGCAUGCACAUCAGCCCUGGACCACCACGGUGCAUGCACGUCAGCCCUGGACCACCACGGGGCAUGCACGUCAGCCCUGGACCACCACGGGGCAUACACAUCAGCCCUGGACCACCACGGGGCAUACACGUCAGCCCUGGACCACCACGGUGCAUGCACGCCAGCCCUGGACCACCACGGUGCAUGCGAUCAUUGUUGUAA